UUCAACCAUGUUAAAUUGCUGUUUAAAUGGAGUCUGGCUUUGAAGCAAGCAAACAGGAUUCCCAUGGUCAUUGAAAAACCUGGAAAAGCCAUAUAAUUUCACAAUUACAUUUUUCAGACCUCGAAGGGUCAUGGAAUUAAUGAAAAUCACAAGUUUUUAAAAAGAUGUGGAAUUUUGUUGUGUGUGAUGUAAUGUAAAAUAGCAGCAAAUAUAUUUUCUUAAGUUGUUGGCGUAACUCUAAUAUACACCGAUAUGUAACGUUUAUUUACCAUCACGCAAGUUACUUAAUUUUUUCCUAAUGUUCAGUGUCUCCCUUUGUAUCUGCCAGCUGGCUUAAAUUACAUGCACAGGCAAGGGGGGCAAAAAAAUAUAUGGGUCCUUUAAAAGUCAUGGAAAAGUUUGGAAAUUUUGUCCAUAAAAAUGUACGUGUAAACUGAUUAUAUCUUUAAGGUGGUUUUUCUUUAGUUUGCUACAAUAUGUUUUGCUGGCCCCCAUUCACAGCAGCAGAUUAUUUAGCUUUAAAGUCGUACUUCAGCUUAUUUCUCCAAACUUUGGGCGCGCAGACCGACAUCUACUGUAAGUAAUACAUUGACUAUGGAUAAGUGCCUCAUACAACCCCACUUCAAAAAAUCUGAACUAUCCCUUUAACCUGAUGCCUGCUGAUAUAAAUCAAGUGCUAAUGGAAAGAUAAAACACGAUAAUGCACUCCUUUAGAAGCUGUUCCUUUUGCUUUUUGUGCAUUUAACUAAUCAAACGCAUUAAUUGGGUCAUAUUCAUGCGUGGAGUUAAUCCAAUCCAGCUCUGUUUUGUUGUUGCCCCUGGUUCGACUUUAAGAGAGCGCAAUGGGCGGUCCCAGCGCGCAGACCAAUGAAUCGCCUGCUCUGUUUAAAUAGUCCUUGAUGUCAACUUUUUCUUCUUCACUCAUAGCUCCCUCUAACGCCAUGUUGGCUGUUAUGACUUGACUUGUUGUUUUCAUCAGCCUUACUACGGAGUUGACAGGAGUGGCUCUCUUAAACGCCCCUGCGCCCUUGGAGACGCUUUAUUCCAUUUUUUUUUUUUUUGCGCGUUUGGAUGAUACGCGCGGAGUAUGCACGCAUCAUCCCCGUGCCUUUGCAUUUGAAAGGAAUACUACUUGGAAAUAGAAGUUUUUAACCUUGUCAUAUGUGCAACAAAAUGUCAGAUGUUCGCCUUUCUAAUGCGAGCCCGACAUUGGAGAGGGUAGAUGCACGGCAGCCGGACAACGUCAGAGCCUCGGUCAGCAGAAACCUUUUCGGUAGACCUGACCCAGAGGAGAUACGGAGGUAUAUGACGGCUACGAUACAGGACGAUGUGCAGCGUUUUACGGAGAUUUAUAAUUUUGAUCCAGUCAACGACAGACCGCUCUCUCCGAGAAAUUACGAGUGGCAGGAGGACCGCGACGCACCGGAGUUUUAUCGCAGAGCGCCGCACGGGAACCAGCCGCCCCGGCGAGAGGAGGACCUGCCCGGGGACAACAACCGACAGGAUGCCGCGGAGAGGAGUGGAGAGCGAUCGGAUCAACCAAACAGAGACGGUUCGAGGAAGAGACAUUCAGGAUCAUCAGGUCCCUGUUCUAGCGAGUGUCAGAGUAAAAGGUCGCAUACCGACGAAGAUGAUGAUGAAGACCAGUCGGACGGUGCAGGAAGUCAGGCGGUGAAAGCCGCGGAGGAGAGACCCAGCAGGCCGGAGAGGAGCGCGGAGGUCCAGUGAAAAUCAGUGCCAGAGCUGGGAGACCUGUUGCUGGUGGAAUACUGUAGCCUUUCUCAUCAUCUGACAGGUGGGAGAGAGAAAAAUAUCUAAAAGCGGCCUUUUUCCGAAAAGAAGGGAGGAGGAGAGGCUGCAGAAGCACUGAAUAUGUACACUAUCAAGUUUUGGCACUCAUUUCAAUCAAAUCGCCUCAGAAGCAGCAGACAAUGUAGCAGUGUGCAAAUGGAUUUUUGCUCAUUUUUUUUUUAUUAUCUACUACCUAUGUUUCAGAUGUAGCACAUAAAAAAGCAUAUUAUGCUUUUCAUACCUUUUUUGUUAAAUGUAUUUGUGUGAAUUUGACUCGGGAAGUUGCAGUGCAAUUUCCAGCAGAGAAAUAUUAUUUUGUUAAAGUGGUCAUGUUGUAUCAUUAUUCAGGUAAUUGAUGUAAGUUGAAAAUGCAGAUUUUCAAAAGUCAGGGUUAUGUGGAAACAAAAUGUCUUCACUUUUUUUUUUUUUUGAUGGCUUUAUUUGUCCCAGUGUUAUACAUCUUGUUUUUGAAGGCCCAGAUGGCUACACUGUAAGUUAGGGGGGCUCCAUCUAACUGGGAACAGCCAUGAUAGAUAAAGUUUACAUGGAAAUUUUGUCUUCUUAUUCCCCCAGUUUUUCUUUUUCCCUUUCUUUUUUUCUUUUUUUUUUUUUUUUUGUGCCAAAGUUGUGCCUUUUGUUCUGGAGGUCAGGGGUGGGUGGGAGGGUGGCUAAACUGCUGAGCAAUAUCCAACCAAAUUUUAACAGUAUGUGCUAAUAAUCCUAAGAAUUAUCUUUUAUUUUUUAAAUUAGGUUUAUAUUUUUUUGUGACUUUUAGGCCACAUAAUCCGCCCCUUGUAAUAAGUGGUGUGGUCCAGGUUAACAUAUUUAAAAUAUGUUAAAAUCACUGGGCUACUUAUUAUGCAAAUAUGUGAAUCAAAGAUUUGUCUUUGUUGUGUGGAAUUCAUGUGGAACAUGUAAUUGCACUAUUGUUAAUUCCUUUUUUUUUUUUUUUGGAGGGCAGAAUAACAAAGUGACACUGCCUCAUUUGGUGUAAAACUUUGAAGUGUACCUGUGUGCCUUUUUUUUCCUUUUUUUUUUUUCAAAAACACUGAAAAAAAUUAUACUAACUUAUUUAUGUUGAGCUUUUUGUUGUGGGUGUAUGUAAAGCUUCCCAAAGCGACAUUUUUGUAAAUAUAUAUUUUCAUUAUUGUUUUUAAGAUAAAUAAACUGUUGCAAAACUGAGCCCAA